AUGGAGUCUUUCCCUGUGAUAAACUUGGAAAAGCUCAAUGGGGAAGAGAGAGCAGCAACCAUGGAAAAGAUAAGAGAUGCUUGUGAAAACUGGGGCUUCUUUGAGAUUAAGUUGACUUACAAGUUACCUUUUCUGAAAAAAGCUGGUGAAUCAUGGGAUAUCCCUAGAGCUAUUGGACAGAGUGAGAGGUUGACGAAGGAGCACUACAAGAAGUGCAUGGAGCAGAGGUUCAAGGAAAUGGUGGCCAACAAAGGGCUAGAAGCUGUUGAGUCUGAAAUCAAUGACUUAGACUGGGAAAGCACCUUCUUCUUGAAGCAUCUCCCUGUUUCCAAUGUCUGUGAAGUUCCUGACCUUGAAGAAGAUUACAGGAAGGCAAUGAAGGAAUUUGCGGGGGAACUGGAAAAGCGGGCAGAGCUGCUUUUGGACUUACUAUGUGAAAAUCUUGGGUUAGAGAAAGGGUACCUCAAGAAGGCUUUCUAUGGCUCCAAGGGUCCUAGUUUUGGCACCAAGGUUGGAAACUACCCGCCGUGUCCUCGGCCGGAGCUGGUGAAGGGCCUCCGAGCCCACACCGAUGCAGGUGGCAUCAUACUACUCUUCCAAGACGACAAGGUGAGUGGCCUCCAGCUGCUCAAGGAAGGCGAGUGGAUCGAUGUCCCGCCGAUGAGACAUUCCAUUGUCGUCAACCUAGGGGACCAACUAGAGGUAAUUACAAAUGGCAAGUACAAGAGUGUGAUGCACCGUGUGCUAACCCAAACUGACGGCACUAGAAUGUCUAUAGCAUCCUUCUAUAAUCCGGGCAGCGAUGCCGUCAUAUUUCCGGCACCUGCCCUAGUGGAGAAGGAAGAAGAUGAGAAGAAGAAGCAAGUUUACCCUAAAUUCGUGUUCGAAGACUACAUGAAACUCUAUGCUGGCCUCAAGUUCCAGGACAAGGAGCCCCGGUUCAAGGCCAUGAAGGCCAUGGAAGAGAGCACCAUCAACCUUGGACCUAUUGCCACUGUUUAA